AUGGCUGAUUCUAAGCCUCCUACAGAUCACUUUAAUGUUCAGAUUACUACCAUCAAGUUGAAUGGUGCUUCGAACUAUCUUCUUUGGUCUCAAGCCCUUGAGGUAUAUGUUACUGCUCACCGGAAGAUGUCUUACCUUACUAUGACUCCUCCAGCCUCUACUGAUGAUAACUAUGAAGAUUGGAAGGCUGAGAAUGCAACCCUCCUCAACUGGCUUUGGAAUAGCAUGGAGCCCUCCAUAGCCUCAAACAUGAUGUUUCAUAAAACUGCCAUGGGUGUUUGGGAAGAACUCAGGGAGAGCUACUCUCAAGACACUUACCUCUCAUGGAUUUAUGAUUUGUAUGAAAAGUUUUUCUCCUUGAAGCAAGAAGGAAAAUCGCUUGGCAAAUACUACAACUCUUUGAAGGGCAUGUGGGAGGAACUCAAUGUGUACCAGCCUAUAUCUACUGAUGCUGCUAUGAUUAAGGCUCAACGUUCUGAAUUUCUUGUUGCUAAGUUCCUCUCUGGGUUAGAUUCUGAUCUUCAAUCAGUCAAAAGCCAAUUAUUGACUAGUGAGAAGAUCCCGUCUAUGAAUGAAGCUUACUGUCACAUACAAAGGGUUGUUUCUCCUUCCACAGUCAAAUCUGAUGCAGCUCCUAUCUCUAAGGAUAAUUCUGCCCUUUUUAUUUCUACUGGAGGGCGUAGUCAUGGUGGUGGUACCUCUUCUCAAGGUGGUCGUGGUUCUGGAGUUGGUCGUGGCCGUGGGGCUGGUUUUGGUGGUAGAGGGGCUGGUUCGAACCCUGCUGGUUCAUCUUCUAGUGAUGGUUGUUCUCGAUGGUGUUCUCAUUGUGGUCGUCCUAACCACACUUUUGCCAAUGAUGGAGCGGCUGAUUUUGUGCAUCCUUCUAACGCUAAUCAUGGGUCUCCUACUAAUGGUGGUAGUACUUCUAGUGAUCUGGUUUCUCAACUGUUACAACGAGUUCAACAACUAGAGGCAUCAUCUUCUACUCCUACAGCUACUCUUGCCCACUCAGGUACUACUGCAUGUUUCGCCUCUUCAUCCUCUCAGUGGGUCAUUGACUCCGGUGCAUCUUCUCAUAUGACUAGUAAGCCUAAUUUAUUUUCCUCUUUUACUCAGUCUACUACUUCAUCUCGGAUUUCCAUUGCCGAUGGAUCUUUUAUUCCUGUUACUGGUUAUGGGGAUAUCCCCUUAUUCUCUAAUCUUUCCUUAAGUAAAGUUCUUCAUGAUCUCGCAACGAGGACAACGAUUGGUGGCGGGCAUGAGAAGGGUAGUCUCUAUUAUUUUGAUUUGGCAACUUCUCCAACAGCGGCUGUUGCUAUUUCUUCUAGUGUUUCUCCAUUACAUUGGCACUAUUGGCUAGGACAUCCUUCCUUAUCUAAGCUGCGACAUCUGGUUCCUAGCUGCAAAUCUGUCUCCUGUAUUGAGUGUGAAGCUUGUGAAGCUUUGUUGACUGCUUGUUUCUUGAUUAAUCGUAUGCCUUCCUCGGUUCUUCAUGAUCAAAUUCCCUUUAAUGUUGUUUUUCCAGAGCGGGCUGCUUUCUCUCUUCCACCUCGUAAGGGAUAUCGGUGUUUUGAUCCUGUUUCUCACCAACAGUUUGUUUCCGCUAAUGUGACUUUCUUCGAAAACACUCCUUAUUUUCCUGGUUCUCCCAGUGAUAUUGAUCUUGUAACAGAACUUAAGCUAAAAACUAACCUGCAGCAAGACAACUAG